CAUUUCUGGGGAAGUGGAGGCAUUGAAUACCUCUGAACUCCAUUCUCCACUCUACUCUCAAGCUCUCUGGUGACCACCCUAUUGCCUGUCUCAUCUAAACUUCCCCUUGGACUUCAUAGGCCUUGGGUGGAGAGACAAGAAUCAUGCUCCUCCUCUAUCUCUCUGCACUGAUCCUCUUCAUAAGCCCACUGGCUGCUCAAGAUGAAGUGACAACACCCUCCAAAGAAAAAGAAAGCUCAGGGGCUUGUACCCUCAUCGUGUGUGAACCUGGAGAAAGAGGAUUGCCUGGAAGAGAUGGAAUAGAUGGCAAACAAGGUCCCAAGGGAGAAAAGGGAGAUCCAGGACCAAGAGGACCACGAGGUUUUCCUGGAAAACCUGGCCCUGUUGGACCCAAAGGGGAAAAUGGUUCUCUUGGUGACCCAGGCCCAAAAGGAGAGCCUGGAGAAAAAGGACUCCCUGGAAAACCAGGUUUACCUGGAAAAAUGGGUCCCCCUGGACCCAAAGGGGAAAAAGGACCUCCAGGAGAACAGGGACCCAAAGGAGAAGAUGGAGCCAAAGGAGCAAAAGGAGAACCAGGUAAAGAAGGUCCCAAAGGCCCAAUAGGCCCCCCAGGUCCUCAGGGAGAAAAAGGAGAACCAGGAGAAGAAGGACCUCCUGGCAUUCCCGGACCUCUUGGGCCACCUGGAAAACCUGGUACUCCAGGCCUCCAAGGGCCAAGGGGUCCACUUGGGCCAAAAGGUGAUAGAGGAUUACCUGGGGAGAAAGGAGAAUGCUGUCUCCCAGAAUCUCCCAAUAAGUUGGAGCAACAAGUGGCUGAACUGCACAAACAAGUUGAGAACCUCCAAAAAAGGUUAUCCAAACAACAGAAAGUUGAUCUCUUCCCAAAUGGUCAAGCACAUGGGAAGAAGAUAUAUAAGACCACUGGCACAGAACACAGCUUUGACGAAGCAGUGGAUAUAUGUAACAAAGCCGGUGCCAUAGUAGCCUCCCCCAAAAGCAAGGCAGAGAAUCAAGCUAUACAGGACAUCCUCUCAAGAUACAAGAAGUCAGCCUUCCUUGGAAUGACUGAUAGAAAGACUGAGGGCAAAUUUGUCUAUCAAACAGGAGAACCACUGGUCUAUUCCAACUGGAAGUCUGGAGAACCUAACAAUAAGGGUGGUGGAGAGAAUUGCAUUGAGAUGGUUCCUAGUGGCAAAUGGAAUGACAUGCCAUGUGAGGAAUCAUUUCUCACUAUUUGUGAAUUUGAAGUCUAGGUGGUUUGGGUAGUGUGUACUAGGGAGAUGUGUUGCUGUGGGUUAGGGGUGGGGAAGGGGCAUGCCAGGGGAUGACAGAUGAUCAUCAGGUGGAGGGCCAUUGUACCACUCAUAACUAAUAAAUAAAAAUAUCAAUGCUCUGCACUAUCUGCUGCUUCUCUAAGCAUUACACCUGUUAAUUCCCCUAGGGCCUGAGAUGGGAAAGGGGAAAUGGUAUGGCCAAUACCCCACCUGGGGCUCUAUCUGCCUUCCUAAAAAUCUCCAAGCUGAGCCCUACCUUUUCUUCUUGGUAGACAUUCAUUAAAUGCAAGUGGAGGAGCAGCUAGGUUAUUCCAUGGUUAAAAUAGCUUGUGAACUUUAGAUUACUCCACCCUAUUUAGUCGAACAAAAUCAGGAAUGUCUACACCCAUACUUAAGGAUUAAGUAUUUAGGAGGAUGACCCAUGACAGACAUGUGCCAGCAAAUGACAAAACAGAAACAACUGACAGACCCCUGGGCUGUCCUAAGUCAAGCCUAAGAUAUCAUUGGUACAUGUGAGAUGCAGGAAAGUGAUGAAAAACCAUCUAUACAUUUUGCAUCACUUCCUCUCUCUGGCCUCUUUGAUGGUGGAGAGAUAGUUGGUAGUAGCUUGCUGAGCGUGUUGGCAUCUUGGCAUGGCAGCUGCUAUUGUCCGGGUUUAGCAGUGAGUUUUCCUUGAUACCAUACUGGAGGAAGCCUAGUAACCUAGUUCAGUGAAGCUCUUUUCUGAGAUCUCCCGGAGUUUAGGCUGAUUUUUCUCUCCUUUACCUUCUAAACACUAUCCUCUUAGACAAAGCCUCUAAUCUUCAAGGAGCUUGUGGUGGAGGACUUUGAACUUUCCUGGCACAGGCUGGGUGGGAGAAAUCCUAUACCUUUUCCCUCUAUCUUCUCCUUGAUUUCUUCCCUACAUAUUGAUUAAACCACAAUAUAUUUCCAAACUGACUUGGAUAUUUUAUUUGGGAUAUCCCCUGGUGACCAAAAAUCAAAUUUAGAUUAGGUAACAACCCUAAAUUAUCCUUACAAGCUGACCUGGAGUCAGGAGGAUUUCGGUUUAAAUUUGGCUUUAGACAUUUCCUUGUUGUGUG